AUGGUUCGAUGGAGCGUCGUGGUGGCGCUAUGCGUGCUGUUAUCGUUUGCGACUGGUGCUUCUGAAUCUGCGCCUCGUUACCAGCCAAAAAAACGAUCUAGGAACGCUGACACUCAGCCUGCCCAGCAAGCGGACGCAGAUGCGAUGGUAAACAAUCUACUACACUGGAUCCAAGGAUUGUACCAACAGAAGAAUAGAAAAGCUCGCCAGUACUUCGGAGGAAAGCCGGAAAGACCGAGACCAUUCGAACCUGCGACUUAUCUUCCACCUGUUGGAUAUCCCCCAGCUGGAUCUCGUCCAACACCUUCAUACAAUGAGGGUCCUUCGGCAAGUCCGGGAUACCAACCUAGUUCCCCUUCUUCUAGCCAGCCGCCUUACCAAUCAAGUCAACCAGACCAAACAUCCUAUCAGCCCAGUCAAUCUCCUUAUUUACCAAGCAAGCCUUUCCAACCAAGUUAUCAACCUAAUCAGCCCACCCAACCUUCCUACCAACCGAGUCGACCUUCUCCCUCUCCCUUCCCAUCAAGCCAACCCUCUCCAUCUUAUCAACCUAGUCAACCAUCGGCACCAUCGUAUCAACCAAGCCAACCAACGCAACCUUCUUACCAACCAAAUCAGAAGCCAUCAUAUCAACCGUCUGAGCCCAAUUACCAACCAAGUCAACCAACUUUACCGCCGUACCAGCCUAGUCAACCAAUUGUACCUGAAGAAACAACUUUACCUCCUUAUGAAACACCGCAACAGAACCAGGAAUAUCAACCAGGUCCAUCCAGACCCGAUGCAGGAAACAGUGGGCAAACACAAUUUCCGUCUACCACGGACGAUGACGACCGCCAUCCACCGCAUAUUCAUGCUAUUACAGUAGACUGUGGCAAAGAAAUGAUGACAAUAAACAUUGAAUUUAACAAAGUAUAUAAUGGCAUAAUCUAUUCACAAGAUCACUACAGUAAUCCAGAAUGCGUUUACGUGCGUGAAAAUUCCAACCAAAUCAAAUACUCAUUUACAGUGAGCUUGAAUACUUGUGGCACAAGAUUCUUCAGCGAUUUUGAGAACGAAGGACAAGCAUAUCUAGAGAACGUGUUAGUAUUACAAAAUGAACCAGGAAUCCAGGAAGUUUGGGAUCACAUACGACGAGUUAGAUGUCUUUGGGAGGGUAAUUUAACUAAACAAUUAGUAUCUUCUCUUAGCGUAGGCAUGUUGAAUCAAAUUACCAGCAACUUCAGCGGUGAUACUGCGAUGGCCAGAUUGGAUAUUCAAACUGGUAAAGGACCCUUCGCACCGGAAGCAAACGGUCUUGUUAAAAUUGGAGAAACUAUGACUUUGGUUGUCUCAGUAACAGGAGAUGCUGGUUUCGAUAUCUUUGUUAGAGAGUGUAUCGCCCGCGAUUCCGGAAAUCGCCAUGUUGUACCUCUUACCGACAGCAAUGGCUGCGUUUUGAAACCUAAGCUAUUUGGUGCCUUCCAGAAGACGAGAGAUACAGGGAAUACGGGAGCAUCAAUCAUUGCGUACGCGUACUUCAAUGCAUUCAAAUUUCCGGAUGAAAUGGACUUAAUAAUACAAUGUGAGGUAGAACUCUGCAAAACAAAUUGUGAAGCGUGUCCCAAUCCAGGAAGUACAGAGCCAAGAAGAAAGCGUCGAGAUACUAUUCAUCUUGGUAACAGAACCGCAGAUCCUGUCACGACUAUAGGAAAAGGAUUGAGAGUGGUCUUUGCUGAGGAUUUACCACACGAAAAUACUGGAUUUUGCAUUACACCAGUAGGAGCUAUGUGGGGCAGUUUCCUUGUGCUAGCAGGAUCAAUUAUGAGCAGUCUUGCAGUUACUAUUUGCUGGCAAAUAUCUCGCGGGUCAAUGAAAUUUUCAUAA